AUGACUAGUCUGGAUACUAGUCUCGUCCAGUCCGGGCAACAGUCAGCACCUGCAGCACUUGAACCUCCCGUGGCUGAGCCUUAUUCGGAGCCAGAGGAGUCACAGGCAGGGUAUGAUCCUAUGGAUGUGGAUCUCAAGGUAAUACCAGAGAAGGAACCAGAAGAAGAAGACCCUGAGGAAGAACCUGAAGAGGCGCCGGAAGAAGAACUCGAAGAUGAGCCCGAAGAAGACCCAGAGAUGGAACCAGAGGACGAGCUAGAGGACGAGCCGGAAGAGGAGCCUGAUGAGGAAGAACGGGUUGAGGUUCCGGUGGAGUCGGGUGACGAGGACAAUCCGAUCGAGAUCGAGGCAGAUUCCGAGUCCUCAGAUGAUCAGGCAGCUCAGAGAUAUUCGGACUCGGGUCCCGAGGAGUUCGUGAGGCAUCACCAGUGA